AUGUGGUCUCUACUUACCGCAGCGGUGCUUUUCGCCCGCCUUUCAAUUGCUGUUCCAACAACUGCUGCUCCAGCAAUUGAAAAGCGAGCAGCUCCUACUGUUCAAUUGGACUAUGCCACUGUGGUUGGUUCCAGUGCACUUGGGAUUGACUCGUUCAAGGGCAUCCCUUACGCCCAGCCUCCAGUCGGCAAAUUGCGAUUGAAGCCUCCGCAGCCCAUUACCGGGGAUCUUGGAACCGUGCAGGCUACUGGGCUUCCUCGUGCUUGCCCGCAGAUGUACCUGAAGUCCGACGAUAUUCCCGACGACAUUCUCGGAAGGUUCAUCAACACACCGGUAUUCCAGAAGAUUACCCACGCUGGCGAGGACUGUCUUACAAUCAACGUUCAGAAACCUUCAUCUGCCACCCCGGAGUCUAAGUUACCUGUGCUUUUCUGGAUUUUUGGCGGUGGCUUUGAGUUUGGCUCUACACAACUCUAUGACGGCACUUCACUGAUCUUGAGAUCUAUGGCCCAGAAUCGAGACAUCAUCUUCGUUGCCGUAAACUACCGAGUCGGAGGGUUUGGUUUCUUGCCUGGCGCAGAUAUCAAAAAGGAUGGCUCCGCUAACCUAGGUCUCCUUGAUCAACGCCUUGGACUUCAGUGGGUUGCUGAAAAUAUUGAGAAAUUUGGCGGUGAUCCUGAAAAGGUCACCAUCUGGGGAGAGUCUGCUGGUGCUAUCUCCGUGUUCGACCAGAUGGCAUUGUACGAUGGCGACAAUACUUAUAAAGGAAAACCUCUUUUCCGCGGAGCAAUCAUGAACAGUGGAAGUGUUAUCCCUGCCGACCCGGUUGACUGCCCCAAAGGCGAAGUUGUAUACGAAAAGGUGGUCGAAGAAGCCGGAUGUUCCAAGGCUACCGAUAAGCUCGACUGUCUACGAUCUGUCGAUUACACGACCUUCCUUAACGCCGCCAAUUCAGUCCCUGGGAUCCUCAGCUACAAUUCAGUUGCUCUGUCUUAUCUUCCACGACCUGAUGGCAAAGCUCUCACCGCCUCUCCCGAUAAGCUAGGUAGAAGUGGACUUCUUGCCAAAGUUCCCUUAAUCAUCGGUGAUCAAGAAGACGAAGGCACCCUCUUUUCUCUUGUACAGAAUAACAUUACAACCACCGAACAUCUCGUCGACUACUUCAGCACAUACUUCUUCCACGGCGCAACCAAGGAACAACUCAGAGCUCUGGUAGAUACUUAUCCCAAUGACCCAUCCGCCGGCUCCCCCUUUAGAACUGGAAACCUCAACCAGCUAUAUCCGCAGUAUAAACGGCUUGCUGCCAUGUUGGGAGAUCUGGUGUUCACUCUCUCCCGUCGUGUCUUCCUGGAUAUCGCCAACAGUAAAUUCCCUGAAAUUCCAACGUACUCCUACCUCGGGACCUAUGGCCACAUCAUUCCAAUUCUCGGCACUUCCCAUGGCUCCGAUGUUCUUACUUCGUUUGGAUACACUCCUGGAAUUCCCAGCACAAGCAUCCAGAACUACUAUCUUAGCUUCGUCAACAACCUGGACCCCAAUAAGGGAACGCCUUUGGGCUUCCCCAAGUGGCCAAGAUGGAGCGAGGGGAAGAUGCUACUGAACUUCGAGGCCGUGAAGAACAGUUUGCUCAAAGAUGAUUUUAGGGGGGAAAGUGCUAAGUACUUGGAAGAGCACACAGAUAUUCUACAUAUUUAA